AUGGAAUUGUCCACUAUAGCCCUUUUUCUGGGGUCUUUUACGCUUAGGAUUGGGUUUUUCCUAUACGGAAUUUACCAAGAUGCCCAUUUUGAAGUCAAGUACACUGAUAUUGACUACUUUGUCUUUAAUGACGCUGCCAAAUAUGCGUAUUACUUGCAAUCACCGUUUCUUCGGGAUACGUACCGAUACACACCCCUUUUGAGCUGGCUUUUGGUUCCUAAUCACUAUUUUAAGUGGAUUCAUUUCGGGAAGAUGAUAUUUAUUGGGUUUGACCUUUUGACAGGGAUUUUGAUCGUGGUGUUACUGGAUUGUACUUCUGAGCGAAGACGUAAAUUGCUCGCGAGUCUCUGGUUACUGAAUUUCAUGGUUAUAACGAUCAGCACUCGUGGUAAUGCAGAAAGCGUCGUCUGCUGUCUCGUAGUACUAACCAUGUAUUUCUUGAAAAUUGACAAUUUCGUAGCCGCUGGAAUCGCCUAUGGGACUUCAAUUCAUUUCAAACUGUACCCGGUCAUGUACUGCUUACCCAUUGCUGUUUUUAUUUACCAGACACGCUCACGUUCGUCGUCCUGGUUCAAGAACUUGAUCAAAAUCGGUAUUUCCACUGCAACAACGGCAGCUGCAUUAACAUUCUGGAUGUACAAGCUCUACGGAUACGAGUAUCUAGACAACGCGUACCUCUACCAUUUCUACCGCACUGACCAUCGUCACAAUUUUUCCCUCUGGAACAUGCUCUUAUACCUAGACUCUGCGACGCUGAAGCAGAGUUCUUGGCCAAAACUCGCAUUUGUGCCACAGGCUGCUGUUACGAUAGCGCUGUCAUUUUUGCUCGACAACACAGCCAGUCUCAGCGAUCUCAUGUCAAUCCUAUUUUUCCAGACCUUUACAUUUGUCGCCUACAACAAAGUAUGCACCUCCCAGUAUUUCAUUUGGUACUUGACAUUUCUACCAUUUUACCUUCAAGACACGCAAAUUUCACGCAAGAAAGGUCUGUUUAUGCUCUUCUUGUGGGUCGCAUCCCAGGCAUUCUGGCUAUCACAAGCAUAUUUACUAGAAUUCAAGGGCAAGAACGUUUUUUUCAAUAUUUUCGUCGCGUCGGUCUCCUUCUUCAUCAGCAAUAUAUGGAUUCUUGGUCAAAUGGUCGAAGAUCACAGAAUCAGAAAUCAUUCCCUUAAGGUCAAGAAAUCCGAGUAG